AUGGGUCGGGUUUCUUUCGACGUGAAUAUCAAACAACACGAGUACGAAAUCGACGAUGUGGACGAUGGAUCGUCACACUCGGUCUUCGAGUAUCAGGACACCGCGGAGAAUAAGUCCUGGGCCGGCACGCUGCCCUUGAAGCAGGGGUUGUAUGACCCGGAGCUUGAGAAAGAUGCCUGUGGUGUUGGUUUUGCUGCCCAUAUAAAGGGUGUGCCCAGCCACAAGAUCGUGAGCGAUGCCAAAAAUCUUCUAUGCAACAUGACCCAUCGUGGUGCGGUCGGUUCCGAUGCCCGCGAUGGUGAUGGCGCUGGUGUGAUGACCUCCAUUCCGCACAAGUUCUUCCAAAAGAACUUCGAGCGGGAGCAGGGGAUCAAAUUGCCCGCCCUUGGAAAAUAUGCCGCCGGUAACCUGUUCUUCAAGCCGGACACCGAUAUCUUGAAGGACACCAUUGCAACGUUCGAGGAGGUCGCGGACUCCCUGCAUUUGCGCGUGCUGGGGUGGCGUGAAGUCCCCCGCGACUCGAGCAUUCUUGGGCCUGCGGCGCUCUCUCGUGAGCCCAUCAUUCUUCAGCCUUUCGUCGUCCAGAAAUCCGCGUACGGUGAUGGGACAGCGCCGAAUGAUGACUUCGACGAGAAAUACGACAACACCUACUUCGAGAAGCAAUUGUACAUCCUACGGAAGCACGCCACGCACAAGAUCGGUCUGCAGAAUUGGUUCUACCUAUGCUCCUUGAGCAACCGUAACAUCGUCUACAAGGGUCAACUGUCGCCCGUCCAGGUCUACGAAUACUAUCAUGACCUGGUCAACGUCGACUAUGAAGGCCAUUUCGCGCUCGUCCACUCCCGUUUCUCAACCAACACUUUCCCCUCCUGGGACCGUGCCCAGCCAUUGCGAUGGGCCGCUCACAACGGUGAAAUCAACACGCUCCGCGGCAACAAGAACUGGAUGCGUGCUCGCGAAGGUGUCUUGAAAUCCCAAUUCUUCGGCGACGACCUGGAACUGCUAUACCCGAUCAUCGAAGACGGCGGCUCCGAUUCCGCGGCCUUCGACAACGUGCUGGAACUCCUCGUCAUAAACGGCGUCCUCUCUCUCCCCGAGGCGGUCAUGCUCAUGGUCCCCGAGGCUUGGCAAGGCAACCGCGCCAUGGACCCUGCGAAACAGGCCUUCUACGAAUGGGCUGGCUGCAUGAUGGAGCCGUGGGACGGACCCGCGCUGUUCACCUUCUCGGACGGUCGAUACUGCGGCGCAAACCUCGAUCGGAACGGCCUGCGUCCGUGCCGAUACUACGUGACCGACGACGACCGCAUCGUGUGCGCGUCCGAGGUCGGCGCUAUCGCCAUUGAUCCGGAGCGUGUUAUCCAGAAAGGUCGGCUGCAGCCUGGUCGUAUGUUGCUUGUUGACACGGUGGCGGGCCGGAUUGUGGACGACACCGAGCUGAAGCAGACGGUCGCAGCACGGCAAGAUUUCCGCUCGUGGGUCGAGAAGGAGCUGAUUGUCAUGCCGAACGUUCACCAGCGGCUGUCCGAGUCCGACACGGAUAUCUCCUUCAAGCUCAAUGACUAUCGGCUGCAGGAAGACCCGAUGCUCAAAGCAUUCGGAUACUCGCUCGAACAGGUCAGCCUGCUGCUUGGACCGAUGGCUGCAGACUCCAAGGAAGCACUCGGAUCCAUGGGCAACGACGCCCCUCUCGCAAUCAUCGCAUCGCAGCCCCGUAUUCUCUACGAGUACUUCCGCCAGCUCUUCGCGCAGGUCACCAAUCCCCCCAUCGACCCCAUCCGUGAAGCCGUCGUCAUGUCGCUGGAAGCCUACGUCGGACCACAAGGCAACCUCCUCGAGAUGAACCAGAGCCAAUGCCACCGGCUGCUCCUCCCCUCGCCAAUGCUCUCCAUCGACGAGUUCAACGCCCUGACGAACAUUACCCGGCUCUACCCCGCCUGGACCGUCCGCGUCGUGGACAUCACGUUCCCGAAAUCAGAGGGCGUGCAGGGCUACAUGGACGCGCUGGACCGUAUCUGCGAGGAGACGAACGAGGCCGUCGAGGCGAAUGAUAGCGUUUUGGUGCUAUCUGAUCGCGCGACGUCGGCGGACCGCGUGCCCGUUUCGUCGCUACUGGCUACGGGUAUGGUGCAUCAUCACCUUGUCCGUAACCGAUGGCGGUCGAAGAUGGCGGUCGUGGUGGAGACGGCGGAGGCGCGUGAGGUGCACCAUAUGUGCGUUCUCGUCGGCUACGGCGCUGAUGCCAUCUGCCCCUACCUCGCCGUGGAGUGUAUCCUGAAGAUGAGCCGCGAGGGACUGAUCCGCAAGAAGCUGGAGCCGAAACAGCUCAUUGACAACUACAAGCAUUCGUGCGACGGCGGGAUCCUCAAGGUCAUGAGCAAAAUGGGUAUCUCCACCCUGCAGAGCUACAAAGGCGCUCAGAUCUUUGAAGCGCUCGGUAUUGACGACUCUGUCGUCGAUCGCUGCUUCACGGGAACGGCCACCCGUAUCAAGGGCAUGACCUUCGAGCUCAUCGCUCAGGAUGCUUUCGCCAUGCACGAGAAAGGUUUUCCGUCGCGCCCCAUCGUCGAGAUCCCCGGUCUCGCCGAGACAGGAGAAUACCAUUGGCGCGACGGCGGCGAAGCGCACGUCAACGACCCCACCAGCAUCGCCAACAUCCAAGACGCCGUGCGCAGCAAAAACGACAAGUCCUACGAAGCGUACUCCCGCUCAGAAUACGAGCAAAUCAAAAACUGCACGCUCCGCGGCCUCCUCGAUUUCAGUUUCGAGGAGCGCGCCCCCGUCCCCAUCGACCAAGUCGAGCCGUGGACCGAAAUCGUCCGCCGCUUCGUCACCGGCGCCAUGUCCUACGGUUCCAUCUCCAUGGAAUCCCACUCGACCCUCGCCGUCGCCAUGAACCGCCUAGGCGGCAAGUCGAACACCGGCGAGGGCGGCGAGGACCCCGAGCGCUCCCAGCGCCUUGAGAAUGGCGACACCAUGCGCUCCGCUAUCAAGCAGAUCGCCUCUGGCCGCUUCGGCGUCACGUCGAACUACCUCGCUGACGCGGACGAGCUGCAGAUCAAGAUGGCACAGGGCGCGAAGCCGGGCGAGGGCGGAGAGUUGCCGGGCCACAAGGUGUCGGGACCGAUCGCGAAGACGCGGCAUUCGACGCCGGGCGUCGGGUUGAUUUCGCCACCGCCGCAUCAUGAUAUUUACUCCAUUGAGGAUCUGAAGCAGUUGAUCUACGAUCUGAAGUGCUCGAAUCCGCGGGCGAGAGUCUCGGUGAAGCUAGUCUCUGAGACCGGUGUCGGUAUCGUGGCGUCUGGUGUCGCGAAGGCGAAGGCGGAUCAUAUUUUGAUCUCCGGCCAUGAUGGUGGUACGGGUGCGUCACGGUGGACCGGCAUCAAGUAUGCGGGUUUGCCGUGGGAGUUGGGUCUUGCUGAGACGCAUCAAACCUUGGUGCUCAACGACUUGCGAGGACGUGUCAUCGUGCAGACGGAUGGACAACUCCGAACCGGCCGCGAUGUCGCCAUUGCAUGCUUGUUGGGUGCCGAGGAGUGGGGAUUCGCUACCACCCCGCUCAUUGCCAUGGGGUGCAUCAUGAUGAGAAAGUGCCACCUGAACACCUGCCCAGUCGGGAUCGCGACCCAGGACCCUGAACUCCGUAAGAAGUUCACGGGCACCCCCGAGCACGUCAUCAACUUCUUCUACUACAUCGCCAACGAGCUCCGCGCCAUCAUGGCCAAGCUCGGCUUCCGCACCGUCAACGAGAUGGUCGGCCGCUCCGAGUGCCUCAAGGUCCGCGAGGACCUGCGCACCGCGAAGACCGCGAACAUCGACCUCUCGCUCAUCCUGACCCCCGCGCACACCCUUCGCCCCGGUGUCGCUACCUACAACGUCCGCAAACAGGACCACAAGCUGCACGUCCGUCUGGACAACAAGCUCAUCGCCGAGUCCGAGCUGGCCAUCGAGAAGGGCCUGCCGACCCGCAUCGAGUGUGACAUCGUGAACACCGAUCGCGCGAUGGGCGCCACCUUGUCCUACCACAUCAGCCGCCGCUACGGCGAAGCCGGCCUGCCGCAGGACACCAUCCACGCCAACAUCCGCGGUUCCGCCGGCCAGUCGUUCGGCGCGUUCCUCGCGCCCGGCGUGACGCUCGAGCUGGAGGGCGACGCCAACGACUACGUCGGCAAAGGCCUGUCGGGCGGUCGUCUGAUCAUCUACCCGCCGCGCACCGCCGUGUUCAAGGCGGAGGAGAACAUCCUCAUUGGCAACGUGUGCCUGUACGGCGCAACCAGCGGGACCUGUUUCUUCCGCGGUGUUGCCGCCGAGCGGUUCGCGGUCCGCAAUUCGGGUGUGACCGCCGUUGUCGAGGGCGUCGGCGAUCAUUGCUGCGAGUACAUGACCGGUGGCCGCGUCCUGGUCCUCGGGCCCACCGGCCGCAAUUUCGCGGCGGGCAUGUCGGGUGGUAUCGCGUAUGUCCUGGACAUGACGCGCGACUUCGAGAACAAGGUCAAUCAGGAGAUGGUGGAGCUGUCCGGCGUGGACGACCCGACCGAGAUCGCGUUCCUGCGCGGCUUGAUCGAGGAUCACCACCACUACACGGGCUCGGAACUCGCGGCGCGCAUCCUGCUAGACUUCAGCCGGGCGCUGCCGCGGUUUGUCAAGGUGCUGCCGACGGAUUACAAGCGCGUACUGCUGGAGGAGGCGGCGAAGGCGGAGGAGGCGAAGAAGGUGGCGUAUCCGCUGCCGAUCCUGGCAGGGAGUGCGCGCGAGGAGCCGCGCAAGAAGCAGGAGGCGGAGGGGAAGGAGCACAAGACUGAGCUGAUGGAUAUGGAGGACAGCAUCAUGGACAAGAAGACCGAGGAGCGGAAGUCGGCUCUCAUUCUGGACAAGACGAAGGGGUUCAUGAAGUACAAGCGCCGCGCGGAGAAGUACCGUGACGCGAAAACCCGGACGAGGGAUUGGCGCGAGCUGUCGACGCGGUUGACGGAAGAUGAGCUGAAGUUCCAGACAGCGCGCUGCAUGGACUGUGGUGUCCCCUUCUGCCAAUCCGACACGGGCUGCCCGAUCAGCAACAUCAUCCCCAAGUGGAACGAGUUGGUCUUCCAGAACCAAUGGCAGGACGCUCUCAACCGCCUUCUCAUGACGAACAACUUCCCGGAGUUCACUGGCCGCGUCUGCCCGGCGCCCUGCGAGGGUGCCUGCGUCCUCGGCAUCAACGAGGACCCCGUCGGUAUCAAGUCGAUCGAGUGCGCCAUCAUCGACCGUGGCUUCGAGAUGGGCUGGAUGGCCCCGAAGCCGCCCAAGGUCCGCUCCGGCAAGACCGUCGCCAUCAUCGGAUCCGGUCCCGCCGGCUUGGCGACUGCCGAUCAACUCAACCGUGCCGGCCACACCGUCACCGUUUACGAGCGUUCUGACCGUGUCGGUGGUCUGCUGAUGUACGGCAUCCCCAACAUGAAGCUCGACAAGGGCGUCGUGCAGCGUCGCGUGGACCUUAUGGCCGCUGAAGGCGUGAAGUUCGUCACCGGCUGCUCCGUUGGCGAAGGCGACGUGACACUCGCAUCGCUCCGCGCAAGCAACGACGCCGUCGUUCUUGCAACCGGCGCCACUGUCGCGCGUGACUUGCCGAUUCCCAACCGCAACCUCGAGGGCAUCCACUUCGCGAUGGAGUUCCUGCACAAGAACACCAAAUCGCUGCUUGACUCAAGCCUGGAGGAUGGAACAUAUAUCUCUGCGAAGGACAAACACGUCGUCGUCAUCGGCGGCGGUGACACCGGCAACGACUGCAUCGGCACGUCCGUCCGCCACGGCGCGCGGUCCGUCACGAACUUCGAGCUGCUGCCGCAGCCGCCUCCAGAGCGGGCGCCUGAUAACCCGUGGCCGCAGUGGCCCCGCAUCUACCGCAUCGACUACGGCCACACGGAGGUCAAGACGCACAUGGGCAAGGACCCGCGCGAGUAUUGUGUGAUGAGCAAGGAGUUCGUGGACGACGGGAGCGGAAAGGUGAAGGGGAUUAACACAAUCCGGGUGGAGUGGACGAAGAGCGCGACGGGCGGAUGGGACAUGAAGCAGAUAGAGGGGAGUGAGCAGUUCUUCCCGGCCGACUUGGUGCUGUUGUCGAUGGGCUUCUUGGGUCCGGAAGACCGCGUGCUGGGUGGUGAGAUCGAGAAGGAUGCGAGGAAGAACGUGAAGACGCCGGCGGGUCACUAUAACACCAACCUUGCGGGCGUGUUUGCGGCGGGCGAUUGCAGGAGAGGGCAAUCGUUGAUCGUUUGGGGUAUCAAUGAAGGUCGCAUGGCCGCUCGCGACGUCGACUCCUACCUCACUGGCGUCGGCACUCAACUCCCCGUCACCGGCGGCAUCGUCAAGCGCGCACCAUUCGAGCUCCUAUCCAAAACCGGCGCAGAGGAGCUGAUCACCGCGGCCGCAUAA